AUGCUCUUGGUGGUCUCGAUAUCGCGCCUCAUGCUGCUGUGGAGGAACGCAUGCCGCAAGCUGGGCGUGACGCGAUGGCCAUACGAGAGAGUGCGAGUCUCUCAGCCUGCAGGCUCCUCUAGGCUCGGGCGCUUGUCAGUGUCCGAUGCGUACGCCACCAGCCCCUCCAGCCAGUCCCGCAUCCUCCUGCCGAACGAGCCGUCUCAGCCCUCCGCAUCCAGCCGCGCUGGCAUGUUGUCAGACGGGGCAGAGCUCGAUCGAGGCUUCAUCGAGUGGUACGUCGCACAAGAGGACGACGAGGAAGACGGGAGGAAGAGGCUCUACAAGACACGGCCGAGAUCAGCUGGAGACAGGACAAGCAAGAGACGAGCUGGAGAGAAGCCGGAGACAGACCUCUGGGCUCAUGGAGGAGGGUUUGGGGAUGUCAGUGUGUGA